GUGUGUGUGUGUGUGAGUGAAGCCUUUUUUUGAUUCGCUCCAUCUCAAUCUCUGCUCCCACAAUUCAACAGGCAACAAAGGAAGAAAGGAAGGAGGCCGCUAAGCUACAAAGUGUUAGCCAACCUCAGACAGAAAGAUGUCACCUUAUUGUGUCAGUCCUGUCGGCUGUGUGUAAACCCUGCACAUUUAGAGAAGAAGCCAACCCCGGCUAUUGUUCUCGGGUUUGUUUUUACACCUUUUUGAGGGGGUUUGGACCGCAGACGCUUUACUAAAAAGAGGAGCUGACGGGGAUGUUGUCGUCUGCAAACGUUAACAAAGCUAAGAUUUGCUUUGGUAAGCGGAGCUAACACUAGCCGAGCUAACGUUAGCCAACAAUCGCAAAGGAGGCGAAGCUUUCACUGACAGAUGGCAACACCUCUGGGUCAUUUCACCUUGUAAGACGAGCAGGAGGGACCGGCAUCAAAUGAAAGGUGGUGGAAGUGGAACUUGACCCAUCCAACUGAGUCACCAUUUUCCUGCACAUAAUGGGUUUGAUGGCUCCACUGUAUGCAUGACUUGUUUCGUGUGGCCUGAUGGGAGGACGCCGUGGAUAGUACUUUCAUCAGGAUACCCGGAGAGCCAUCCCAUGCCCCCACUUUGGAGGGCCUGUCAGAAUGAAGAAGAUAAGCCUUAAGACCAUCCGCAAGUCCCUCAGCAUAAAGGGCAAAGAGGAGGGUGACUUUGUCAUGCUCCAGCAGCCCUCGGUGACGACAGAGUUUUCGAAGGAAGAGUCACUUUUUGGGGGCUGCUACACCAAAGAGCUUUCUGGCUGCGACCUUGGUGGCGAAGAGGACAAAGGCGGCCAGAAUAAGGGCCGUUCAAAGAGCGAGGGCCUGAUGGGAUCGCUAAAGAGGAGGCUGUCCACAAAGCAGAAGGUGAAGGGGAAAGGCAGCUCCUCUGCCAUAGGCUCGAUGGAUGACGACGACACCUUCUCGUCCUCGUCUGUGCCUAUCAGCUUCAAUGAGGUGAAAGCCCAGAGACCCCUUAGAUCUGCAUCACUACGGAGUCACCAUUAUAGCCCUUCACCAUGGCCUCUGCGGUCAGUCAACUCUGAUGAGGCGUGUAUCAAGAUGGAGGUAAAAGUUAAAGCCAUGGUUCACUCUCCCAGCCCGAGUCCUAACUUAAACGGCGUCCGGAAAGAGUUUCAUGAUUUCCAGAUGGAAGGGCUCUUUCAGGACCAAGCAGAAUCCUUAAAGAAUCUCCAGCAGCCACAAAACGGUGAGCUGCAUCUAAAUAUUGAUGAAAAUGACGUGCCUGUGGUGCUGGGGUUGACUCCCCAGGACUACAUCCAGUAUACAAUGCCUUUAGAUGAGGGAAUGUACCCAGAAGGGUCCCACUCCUUCUGCCUGGACAGCUCCUCUCCUAUGGAGGUGGUGACUGAAGCGGACAAUGGGUCCCUCCAUGCAGACCAGGGACAGGAGGAACAUGAACUGGUUAGUGGGCUGCCUCCGGAUCUCUUCAUGGAAACCUCAGUUAAUAGUCUUCUCAUCAGUUCUGCUGGUGUGAUGCUCCAAAGCUCUAGAGUAGAGGUCCCACCUCCCCUCUCUCCACUCCUGCCGCCCAUAACAAGUAAUGGACAUAUUCCCAGGACUUUUUCAGGGUUCAGCUCUUCAGACAGCCAGGUAGCUGAGAGGGUAAGACACCACCUCAACUUCGACCCAAAUUCAGCUCCCGGGGUGAGUCGGGUGUACGACUCGGUCCAGAGCAGCGGCCCCAUGGUCGUCACCAGCCUGACGGAGGAGCUGAAGAAGCUGGCGAGGCAGGGCUGGUACUGGGGCCCCAUCACACGCUGGGAGGCGGAGGAGAAGCUGGUCAACUUGGCUGACGGCUCCUUCCUGGUCCGAGACAGCUCAGACGACAGGUACCUGCUCAGCCUGAGUUUCAGGUCACAGGGCAAAACCCUCCACACCCGCAUCGAACACUCCAACGGACGCUUCAGCUUCUACGAGCAGCCCGACGUGGAGGGACACACGUCCAUCGUCGACUUAAUCGAACACUCUAUCAAAGACUCAGAGAAUGGAGCUUUUUGCUAUUCCAGGUCUCGCUUACCAGGGUCUGCAACCUACCCUGUCAGACUAACCAACCCAGUAUCUCGGUUUAUGCAAGUGCGCUCCCUGCAGUACCUUUGUCGCUUUGUCAUUAGACAAUACACAAGGAUAGACCUGAUCCAGAAACUGCCCUUACCUAACAAAAUGAAAGAUUAUCUGCAGGAGAAGCACUACUGAGGACAAAGAGAUAAGACAGUGGUAGCAAUUUGCACUUUUGUGUUCAGUUAAGAGAUUUAAACAAGGUUUACAGACAACCACAGUUUUGAGAUGAUUGGUUCUGGUGGCUCUUGAUUCGUGUCCAGGUGACUCUGUCACAGUUAAGUCCUCCAUUCCACUGGUCUGGGUCCCCCCCCUUCCCCACCCUCACUGGUUUUGGGAGGCUCCACGUCCAGAAACAUAGGCCAGCAUAUAAUCUACUGCAAAAAAAAGCAAAACGGCAGAGGUAUACAGCCAAGUUAUCUUAGUCGUAUACAUUAGAAAUGCAUUGUGAUGUAUGGUAAAAUGUAACAUCCAGCUGUGCAAGUCAAGCAGAUUUUCAUAAACUUGCUAUCCACGUUCUAAGAAAGCUAAAAGUGCAGUAUGAAUAUGAAGAUUCAUUAAUACGUUGUCCACUAAAUUGUACAUUUAAGAGACGGAACAGUGUUACUACAGCGAAGUUUGUAAGUCAAAUUUUAGGCUUUCCGCAGACUGACCAGUUUUGAUCAUCUUUUGCAUCUUAUUACUCGUCAGAUUGUGCAGCGUCACCGUGUUGUUGUUUUUCUUUUUUCAGCACAAUCGCGACCGCAAAUGAGAACGUUUCACAUUUAUACUAUGCAACGAGUCAAAUAGCGAGGAUCUAUUGUUAAACAGCCUGUAGUUUCACGUUAACCAAACCUUUUGCUCAUUUACAAACUUAAACCUGCAGCGCAAAACGUCCGUCUCCCACAAAAGCUUGAUGCUUGCUUAUGAUCUACGUCUAACCUAAAGUUACGUAACACUAACAGCUCUGCAAAGUCGCAGGUUCAUGUUCAGAAUUAGCUGCAAAAAUACAACCUGUCAGAGAGCAGUAACAUCUGCGUCUGACCUCGGCCCCUUCUUUUUUCAUGGUGCUCCCAGACUAGUAAAAGUUACACCAGUGGUUAUCCGUGUUUUUACCUCACUACUUCAUGUUUGCCGGUUAACAUAAAACACUCCUGCACAGGACACGUCACAGUCAGCAGGUUUUAAAAAAAACUCCAGCAUACAGUGAAAUACAGAGAGAUGUACCUGGCGGUGAUGGGCUCAAUCAGCAUUGUGUGAACUCGUUUGGCAAGCUCGAGUGUAACAGACGUUCUUUGUUGAAGUCCCGCACUGCAGGUUUAACGACUUAUCCAGUGGAUGUUUCUUCCUCAAAUAUUAUGACUGUCAUGACGUGGUACUAGCCAAGGGCUAGGGCUUUAUUCUCGAGCUUAUCAGGUUUAUCUAACGUUCACUCGUACAAAUGGUGUACAAACAGGAAAAUACGUUUUCAGAAUCACUGGAUUUAAUAACAUUUUGUUGCAAAAGAUGUCCAAAACUUGCCGGUCUGUGCGAGGGGUUUAAACAGUUUGGUCAGAGAAGUAGCCUUAAAUUGUGUGGCUGCAUGUAAUCAUUAUAUAUGCGAGCCUGAAAGGUACCGACAAUGCUGGAUUUUAAACGUGCUGUUUGUAGAAACAGCAUCAAGUCGAUGUAUAGAUCUUUUAGAAAUAUGUUAAUCUUAAAAAAAAAAAGUGAACUCUUUCUGCAUUUGGAAUGUUACAAAAACUGCACCGCAGCUCAGGCCUAACAACUUUGUCACUAUCUGUAAUGCUUGUAUCUGCAUGUAGUAAAGGCUUUAAGACUGUCAAUUAAUGGCACUGUAGAGUUACUCUAAACGAGACAAGAUGUCACGGUAAAAGGGUCAAAGAUUUCGGCUGUGUUGUUUAAGUGCAGCUGAGUAAAAAAGCUGUUUAAUGCACAAUUGCAUUUACCUUUAGGCAGUUUAGAAGUAAGGAAAAUUGCCCUCUAUUAACCUACAAGUGAAAAACAGACCUCUAGUCGAUUGACCUGAAUCUGUAUGUAGGGAUGGCUGUUUCUUAGCCUCUUAACGCCAGCAUUGAGCUGGACCCAGAUCAAAGGAAUCCCAAAAACGGUGUGAGCUUAGGUAAAAGGACUUGGGGAAAGCCAGGGUGAAGUCCUCCCCGCCAUCUUGGAGCGACGCCAGGGUCUCGGCAUAUGACAAAAGUUCCAUCAGAUGCACAGCGGCAGCAUUAAAUGUCACAUGUGUCUUCAAGGACAUGUAAACAAAAGAAAGCAUAGCGUUUUUUGCCAUCGCUUCUUCUUCACGUUGUCCCCACGGAGCUGCACUACCCCCCCACAGAUUGUCUCUACUUGGCUGUCCGUGCCAGAGUAAAGGGAAAGAGCACACAGUAUGCUACGCAAGUGCUUUAUAUAUGGAUACUUUGACAGGGAAUUGUGUUUUCACAUUAUGAAUGAGCAUCUUUUUUUAUGUUUGUUUUUUUGACAUCAGUGUCCUUAAAAGUAUUUGGAAAGCGGUCUCUCGGACAACUUUGGUAGGUCGUUAGCGCGUAGUUCUAGUUUUAGUUAGCUGGAGAUGUUGGUGUCUGAGGAAGUUACCGUGAGUCUAGCACAGCAGAAAUUAGAUAGGAACUUUGAAUGGUGUUGCAUGUUUAAAAGACUUUAGCAUUUUAAAGCUUUGAGUUGUAUAGGAAUGAAGGAUCUAGGUCGUGCGUUUGGCUGUGUAGAGGGAUGUUUUAUCUGUCACAAACAUUGGCUGGACAUUCUGCGUACAAGAAAUGUAUUUUUCUUUUUAGAAUCGUUAUGUGAGUUUUUAUUUUAUUUUAUUUGUGACAUUUGCCAUCUGGGGGAUGGGGCUGUACAAAAGGAAUGUACGCUUGUUUGAGGUAUCCAUUUUAUCUGCCUGCAAGACCAGUUUCAGAAAGCAUGAGAAUCAUAAAAAAAAAAAA